CGGAAAGAAAAGUCGGAACUAAAGACGCACGUCGGAAAUCGCGACGAGACAUUUUUAAAGUGACACAAAACGUCAUUGAUUUGGAGUAUCGACUAGCCGAGCUUGGUGUGUUGUAAUGGCAGGGGGAGGGACAGCCGGCGUCGACCUCAGCAGGAAGUUUGUUUCGGAAGCAGAGCUUGAUGAGAGGAGGAAGAAGAGACAGGAGGAAUGGGAGAAAGUCAGAAAGCCUGAUGACCCAGAGAACGCCCCAGAGGAGGAGUAUGACCCACGUUCCCUCUUUGAGCGACUUCAGGAGCAGAAAGACAAGAAGCAAGAGGAGUUUGAGGAGCAAUUCAAAUUCAAGAACAUGGUGAGGGGAUUGGACGAUGAUGAGACCAGCUUCCUGGACGAGGUCUCCCGGCAACAGAGUCUGGUGGAGAAGCAGCGCAGGGAUGAGGAGAAGCAGGAACUGUUGGAAUACAGAAGUGCUCUAGCGAAGCAAGCGUCCGCUGACGGCCGCUCCGAGCCUGAAAAGAAGUCAGCACCUAAACAUUCAGGGGCGGAGCAAAGGACCAGCCACCUGUCUCAGGCCCAUUUAUUGGCUGGAGCUGUCAAGAGACGCAGUUCGUCCCAGUCGUCAGACAGCAGUAAGAAACAGAAGGUGGAAAUCACAUCGGCAACAACAGGAAACGGAGACAGACACACAGAACAGGAGGGAGGAGCAGGAGGAGAAGCAAGGGGAGCUGAAAAUCAACAAACAGUCCCCGGCCUGACGGCGAAGACCCCCCCGGCUCCCCUGAGCUCCGGUCAAGGCGUGUUACAUCUGCCAUCAGCAGCCGUGUGUGUUGGAGUUUUACCAGGACUCUGGGUUUAUUCCGGCAGCAGCGACUCUGACAGCAGCUCGGACAGCGAAGUUUAAGCCGAGCAACCAAUCCCGCACUGCCUACCCCGACGACAUCCCGCCCCCCCUACACCCCCCUCCCAACCCAAGCCACAGCGACUGCAAGCUGUGCUUUUGGCUGAGGGAACAGUGAUUGACAGCUGUGGAGCAAGGAAGAGACUGCUUAGACUGUGUCACAUGACUCACACCUUUUUUAGCUAUGAGCAGCAGAGGAGAGCGGAGAGAGAGAGCUGGGGCAGGACGCUUCUCGCUCUCCUCGGGUUAAAUGCAAAGUCUGAAUUAUUUUGAACAUAUUAUUUGUGUGAUGUAAUGUGUUUUCUCAACAGUAGUUUGUUUCAAAGUCACAUCGUUGAGAGAUGCUGGACUGUUUGCUGCUGUCUCAGGCGUUGGAGCUUUGUUUUGUUGGUCGAAGUCUGAGCAAAGUGAAAUAAAGAGCUUUCCCUUGUACUGUG